AUGCCCAACGGUGCCACGGGCACCAAUGGGACUCGCCGGCCGUCAACGUCAUCGGCCUUGAGAGCCAUGGCCUUGACAGAGUACAGCGCGAAUCCGUCACCACCGCCUGAGACGGUCGAAGAGGGCGCACCGCUGGUGCCAGAAGAAUUCCAACUUCCCGAUGGCCAUCCUGACUACCUGCGCAUGAUUGCCAGCGCAACCUCACGAGUCUACGAGGCCUGCAAGACAACGCCUCUGACCCAAGCCAUUAACCUGAGCAACCGACUAGAAUGCAAUGUCCUGCUCAAGCGCGAAGACCUGCAGCCCGUCUUCAGCUUCAAGCUGCGCGGCGCGUACAAUAAGAUGGCCCAUCUUGACCCAGCCGAAAGCUGGAAGGGUGUCGUUUGCUGUUCGGCCGGAAACCAUGCCCAGGGAGUUGCCUACUCUGCCCGAAAACUCAAGAUUCCUGCCACCAUUGUCAUGCCCGAGGGCACACCAAGCAUCAAACAUUUGAAUGUUGCGCGCCUUGGUGGCCAUGUGGUUUUACACGGCGCUGAUUUCGACGCUGCAAAGGAAGAGUGCGCACGGCGUGCAAAGCACGAUGGCCUCAUCAACAUUCCACCUUUCGAUGACCCCUACGUCAUUGCCGGUCAGGGAACCAUUGGCAACGAAAUGUUUGGACAGGUUAACAUGGCCAAAGUUGAGGCCAUCUUUUGCGGAGUUGGGGGUGGCGGGCUUAUUGCAGGCAUUGGCCUAUUCGUCAAGAGGAUGGCACCUCAUGUCAAAAUCAUUGGCGUUGAGGCAUCUGAUGCAAAUGCCAUGGCGCAGUCUUUGAAGCUGGGGAAGAGAGUCAUGCUCCAAGAAGUCGGCCUUUUUGCAGAUGGCGCCGCCGUAAAGGUCCCUGGAGAGGAGACGUUCCGCAUCUGCCGCGAGGUUGUUGACGAAGUUAUCGAGGUCACCACUGAUGAGAUCUGCGCUGCCAUCAAAGACAUGUACGAUGAUACCAGAUCCGGACUGGAACCGGCGGGCGCCCUGUCUAUUGCCGGCUUGAAGAAGUACGUUGCGCGACAGCCGUCUGUCGACGCCAAGAGGACGCUCAUUGCAGUGACCUCGGGCGCUAACAUGAACUUUGACCGGCUGAGAUUUGUUGCCGAGCGUGCUACGUUGGGUGAGGGCAAGGAGGUGCUGAUGGCCGCUAGCAUCCCGGAGCGCCCUGGAGCCUUUGCUAAGCUUGUCGAUACCAUCAUGCCUCGCCCUGUCACAGAGUUUUCCUACCGCUAUUCGUCAGGUAACGUUGCCAAUGUUCUCAUCGGUCUCUCCAUCACAGUGCCGGCGGCGCAGAGGGCCGAGGAGGUGCGGUCACUCAUGGAGCGCAUCCGAGCCGAGGGUAUGGAGGUGACUGAUCUAUCCAACGAUGAGCUCGCCAAGAGCCAUGUGCGCUAUCUCAUCGGCGGACGCACCGGCGUGGAGAACGAAAGAGUCUUCAUGUUCAACUUCCCCGAGCGGCCAGGAGCGCUAGAAAAGUUCCUGACAACCCUGAGGCCCAAGUUCAACAUCAGCCUGUUCCAGUAUCGUACAUAUGGCGGAGACGUGGCCAAGGUGCUGGCAGGGAUCCAGUGCCCACCGGAAGAGAAUGCCGAACUAGAGCAGUUCCUGGAGGAGCUCGGGUACCCCUCAGAGGAGUGCACCAACUCGGAGGUUUUCAACAUGUUCUUGAAAAGCACCAGCCAGUAGGGCGACAAGGGCGGGAUGUUUGAGUUACGGAACCAUAUCCGCGGCGUUGGGUAAAUGAUUAUGUGUUCAAGGGAACCCGGUUCUUAUUUUUAGGGCUUGUGUUUUGGCUGCAGGCAGGGUUCAAGGCCCCGACUGGGAAGCUGCAAAAUAGAUAUGAUGCGAUGGUUACAUGUGAAGCCGAGAGACACUUCAAGGAUCUACGGAGGACAAGAUAAAAAGCGGUUGGAUGCAUGUUUGGGAGCUCGGAAAUCUCCGAAGACGGGGGCGUGGUACGUUGACGAGGAUUGAUUUGAUUGGCGAAGUAUUUGCACCUGGGCUACCGCUGGGCAGCUCACGAAGGAUUCCAUUCGCAUUCUCUGUUGUACAUGCACUCUUUGUACGACCUGUGCCAUUUUAGUGAAUCAUCCCAUAGAGCUACUGGGGUCUGCCAACUGGAUAAUAACGAUAUGAAUCACAAUG